GAAGCUGAAGGGUGGGUUUUCAGUUUCAUACUUCACCCCUUUCCGUUUCUCAGCCAGUCAUAAUAUUUGACAAAUAUAUAUAUUCUGCACCUUUUCUUCCACAAAAUUUUUCGUAAACACAUUAAACAAUACCAAAUCCAAAGCUCUGAUCGUCCAUGUCUCAAUUUCUUCACGUUCUCACCUCAUUCUUCAGUUUAGGUAUAAUCAUUCGUUGGAAGUGCCCUUAGGCUGAGCUCUGAGACCGUGAUCGAAUUUUGAUUGCUCAAAUAUUGUGGAAGUCGUGGGUUAUCUGUUCACUGCAUUGCAUCAUUUUUCUUCUGUGAGAAUUGAAUUAGCCAUAUGGGUUCGAGAUUCCCAUCUCAUCAGCUGAGUAAUGGCCUUUACGUCUCAGGCCGUCCUGAGCAGGCAAAAGAGAAGACUCCCACAAUGAGCUCUGUUUCCAUGCCAUACACUGGUGGCGAUAUCAAAAAAUCUGGAGAACUUGGUAAAAUGUUUGAUAUCCCAAUGGAUGGCUCCAAGUCAAGAAAAUCGGGUCCAAUCAACAAUGCUCCUUCAAGAACGGGGUCUUUUGGUGGCUCUGCUUCUCACUCGGGCCAACUAAAUUCUGUGAAUCGGGCAGGUUCCGGUUCUUCUGGCGGUGUUUCCGGAUCAGCUUCUUUAAAGAAAACAAAUUCCGGUCCACUUAAUAAGCAUGGAGAGCCACUGAAAAAGUCAUCGGGGCCUCAAGGUGGAGGAGCAACUGCCAUGUCCCGCCAAAAUUCUGGCCCUCUUCCUCCCGUUCUUCCAACCACAGGCCUCAUUACAUCUGGACCUAUUACUUCAGGCCCUUUAAAUUCAUCAGGGGCUCCUCGAAAGGCAUCUGGUCCUUUAGAGUCGACUGGAUCAAUGAAGUCAUACAGUGCUUCUAUAAUCAAUAACCCAGCUGUUACUCACCUUAGCCAGGAUGAUGAAUAUUCUUUCCAUAAAAGCUUUCCAAAGCUAAUUCUUUGGUCCAUCAUUCUACUUUUUGUGAUGGGAUUUAUUGCGGGGGGUUUUAUCCUUGGGGCUGUUCACAAUCCCGUUCUUCUCGUUGUUGUUGUUAUACUUUUUGCUGUUGUGGCUACAGUAUUUACCUGGAAUACUUGUUGGGGGCGCAGAGCUAUUACUGGUUUCAUAGCUGAUUAUCCAGAUGCUCAGUUAAGAACUGCAAAAGAUGGCCAGUUGGUUAAACUUUCUGGGGUUGUUACCUGUGGAAAUGUUCCUCUUGAAUCGUCAUUCCAGAAAGUUCCUAGAUGUGUUUAUACAUCCACAAGUUUGUAUGAAUACCGGGGGUGGGAUUCAAAAGCUGCCAACCCCACACAUCGCCGCUUUACGUGGGGCCUUCGUUCGUUAGAGAGGCAUGUGGUUGAUUUCUAUAUUUCUGACUUCCAAUCUGGUUUGAGGGCAUUGGUUAAAACUGGAUAUGGUGCGAGAAUAACUCCUUACAUUGACGAAUCUGUCGUUGUUGACAUCAAUCCGUCAAAUAAGGAUAUGUCUCCGGAGUUCAUCAGAUGGCUGGGAGAAAGGAACCUGUCAAGCGAUGAUCGUGUAAUGAGAUUGAAAGAAGGGUACAUCAGAGAAGGUAGCACCGUCAGCGUGAUGGGAGUCGUGCAGCGGAACGAUAAUGUUCUGCUGAUUGUUCCUCCACCUGAACCAUUUUCAACUGGAUGUCAGUGGAUUAAAUGCAUUCUUCCGGCCAGUCUCGAAGGCAUUGUAUUAAGAUGUGACGACACUUCGAAGAUUGAUGUCAUACCAGUUUAGCAGUUGGUUCAGCUAUUUUGAAAGAAAAUUUUGUUGGAAGCAUAUAAAAAUGGUGGCAAGAACAGCAAGGCUAAUCUGUCAGGUGUUAACUGAUGUACAGUUUUCUCGUGUUUUUUUCCUCUUUCAUUCUCGUUUUGGUUCGGAAGUUUUUAUUGGUGGUUUGAUUAUUACGGUAGAGGGAACUUGCUGAUAAACAAGCAGUUGAAGAUUCAAUUUUUAUGUUAUGAUUGUUUUAGUUAAUUUGAUUA